AUGGCUGCUACUAGUACCCAGCUAGCACUUGCAGUGAAAGAUUACGAAAAAAUGUGUGAAAAUGGUAAAAUAAUUGAGCUCACUGUGUGCAACAGUGAGCACGAAGGUUUCGGCAAUGAGCGCAGUGAGCAUUAUUUUUUGGAGGGCUGCAUUGUCUUCUACAACGUGUCCCCCUACUACUUACCUGGCACAUCAAAUGGUCAACAUCAAAGCAAAGAAGGGGGAUGCUAUUGUCCUUGUCUGGUCGAUGCCCGAGUCAUUCAGCUCAAAGAGUAUUUACAUUUUGCUUCCAAGAAUAGCGCUACCACCGGAAAAAUUACCAAAUUGGGAUAUUCCAAUAAUCUCACUAUUCCCACAUACCUCCCUGGCUCUACUGCUGCACCAGAGCUUUCCCCUUACUCACUCAUGUAUAUAAGACUAAAACAUAUUCGGUUUUUUGCCCCUUUAGCAGGGAAGCAAUUCUGA